AGAAUAACUGUUGAAACAAACAUCUAUAAAAUUCGAUUGUUAUUGCUCUACUUCUAUUACCUACCAGUCUAUCACUUCAUUCAACAACUGCUCUUCUACAGAUGAAACAACUCCAUGAAAAAUCUCAUUCUGGGUGAUCUCUUUUUCUUUCUUGUUUGCCGUUUGCUUUUUAUUCAAAGGGGAUUAUCUGAAGCACCUUCAUUUGAAAACCAAGAGGUGGAAGCUAAUUUCCCACCUAGAGGGUGGAACUCUUAUGACGCCUUUUCCUGGAUCAUUUCUGAAGAAGAAUUUCUUCAAAAUGCUGAAGUUGUUUCUCAAAGACUACUCUCUCAUGGUUACCAGUAUGUUGUUGUAGAUUUCCUAUGGUUUAGGAAGAAGGUGAAAGGUUCUUCUAUUUAUGCUGGAGGAUUCGAUGUAAUUGACGAAUUUGGAAGGAUGGUUCCUGACCCUGAAAGAUGGCCUUCCUCUAAAGGUGGGAACGGGUUUGUGGAAGUAGCUAAGAAAGUUCAUUCAAAGGGUUUGAAGUUUGGAAUUCAUGUUAUGCGAGGAAUAAGUAAGCAGGCAGUUAAGGCAAACACCCCUAUCUUAGAUGUCAACAAGGGAAGUGCCUAUGAAGAGUCUGGCCAACAAUGGCGAGCAAAAGAUAUAGGAAUGAUGAAUAGACCCUGUGGAUGGAUGAGAGAAGGCUUCAUGAGUGUGAAUACUAAGACAGGAGCUGGAAAAGCCUUCUUAAGGUCAUUGUAUCAGCAGUAUGCUGAUUGGGGUGUCGAUUUUGUGAAGCAUGACUGUGUUUUUGGUGACGACUUGGACGUAGAUGAGAUAAGUACAGUAUCAGAGAUUUUGAAGCGGCUAGACCACCGUAUUGUAUAUUCUCUCUCUCCCGGAACCAGUGCAACACCUGCCAUGGCCAAGCAAGUAAGUUCUCUUGUGAACAUGUACCGGGUAACUGCUGAUGAUUGGGAUAGGUGGGAUCAUGUAGCAGCUCAUUUCGAUGUAUCAAGGGACUUCGCUGCUGCUAAUAUGACGGGAGCUGUGGGGUUAGGAGGAAAGUCUUGGCCUGACCUAGACAUGCUGCCACUUGGUUGGCUUACUGAUCCAGGCGUGAAUGAAGGUCCACAUAGACGCUGUAACCUUAAUCUUGAUGAGCAAAGAACUCAGUUUCCAUUUAUUACUGAAACGAAGAAGGAUCUCAAAAGAAGUGCCUCAUAUUUCUCCCGGGUGUUACAAAAUCUGAAGGAACUGAACCCAUUGAAGAUUGCUAAUCCCCAAGUAAUCCGAUCGUGGUCUGCGAAUGGAAGAACUGGAGAACUGUAUCUCGCGUUUUUCAACUUAAACUCUCAAGAAACAAUGAUAACUGUGAGGGUCUCGUCAUUAGGUCUGCUUAAUUCACUUCCUGUAAAAAACUCAACUGCAGCUUCUUCUGCAUGUACAUAUAAUGAAGUGUGGAGCAGAAAAGAAUUUGGCAUCCUUAAAGUAACAGUAUCGGCAAAUAUAGCACCUCAUGGUUGUGCUUUAUUUGUUAUAGACUGUAAAUCAUUUAGGAGGUUAAGUCAGUGACUUACCAAUGUCAAUUGUGAAGUGAAAUGUAAAAUAUACAACUUCCAAUACAUGAGUCAUGCAACUACUUCCUGGUCAGUGGUGGGAACUAGAAACUGAUAUACUAAGAAAACGGGGUAGAGAAAAAUAUGACUCCAAUUACGAGUGACUUGAUAAAAGGAGAUAGUCCUGCAAGGAUUUGCUGAUUAUCGUCCAGAAAUGAAUUAGAGACUCUCUCUCAUCAAUGAGAAGGUGAUGGAGGGGUUUCUUUACUGGAAAAGGCACAUAAGGUCUUUGCAUUUCUUGCAAGUCCUUCUGUAGACAGCAGAAUGCAAA